AUGGUGGACCAUGCUAGUAACCCAAUAUCUACCUUUCUUGAAAAGGUAGUAAAACAAGAAGGAGGUUCUCAGCAUCAGAAGAAAAUCAAAAAGUUGGAGAAUCUACAAGAAAGUUCAAAAGAUGAGGCUGAAAUUCCAGACUUUCUAAUGGCAGAACAAACUGUAAAAGAAGAAGAUAUAGAGAGUGAUGGAGGAAACAUAUCUGAAGAUAGACAAGAGCCUCGAGGAGCACAACCUCCCCCAGAUGGGAGUCCAAGAACCUAUACUGAAUCCCAUCCUGGUUUCUCUUUUGAUAAUAUUUCACCGGCGAAAUAG